AUGUGUUUUCAGCAGUCCAGAAUCAUGGCUCAUCCAGAACGUCAUGGGACGAUUAAAAUGAACCCAAAUUUUGACCCAGAACUUGCAGCUGCUGCUUUGGAAAAGGCAAUGAAAGGGUCGGGGUGUGACAAACAGGCGAUUGUUCAGCAACUCUUAAGCUGCUCGAACGCUCAAAGACAAAUGAUACGUACACCUUUCAAGACAAAAUACGGCAAGGAUUUAGUGGAUGAAUUAAAAAAAGAACUUUCUGGUGACCUCGAGAAUGUAGUUGUGGGUUUGAUGGAAACGCCGACUAAAUUCGACGUACUACAGCUAUAUAACGCAAUGAAAGGCCUCGGUACUAAAGAAAGUGUUUUAAUCGACAUCGUUUGCUCACGAACACCAAGUGAAUUGGCUGCGAUCAAAAACGAAUAUAAGGAUGAAUACAAUAAAAGUCUGGAGGACGACAUCGUCGGCGACACAAGCGGUGAUUUUAAAAAUUUGCUGGUGUCCCUCCUGCAGGGCAAGAGGGACCCAAGCUAUCAUGUUGACAUUAUGAAAGCUCGCGAAGACGCCAGAAAAAUGUUUGGAAGCAAAAAGGAAAAGCCGGAUAAGAGCGUAUUCAAUGACGCAUUUGCAAACCAAAAUGUGCAUCAGUUAGCGCGCAUAUUCAGUGAAUUUCAAAGCAUUCAUGGAGAAACGAUCCAGACUGUGAUAAGUAGAGUAUUCAGCGGUGAUGCUAGAGAUCUGUACUCUCAUUUAGCUGACUUCAUACAAAACAAACCACGAUUCUUUGCUCGUCAGCUUUACGAGGCGAUGAAGGGCUUGGGCACCCGAGACACUGAUCUCAUCCGCAUAAUAGUGUCACGUUCUGAAAUCGAUUUACAGGAUAUUCGUGAGGAGUUCGAGAAGGUAUACAAGAAACCGCUGUCCGAAUGGCUUACUUCUGAAUGCUCAGGAGUGUACCGUGAUGCUUUAGUAGCGAUUGUUAAUGGAAACUAA